AUGGCGUCCAAGUUCGUCCCACAGCUGGUGCGCCAGGCACAACGGAGCCUGGCAAAGACGCCCACGAGAAACAGACAUGUCUUCCGACCUACCAGUAGACAAUUCUCCAGCACGCCGUCGUCGCGGAGCGAGACGCUCUCAGUGCACCGCAAUACCCCCGACAACAACCCCUCGAUCCCAUUCAAGUUCAACGAGACGAACCUACGCCUGAUCGACGAGAUCCUCAAACGGUACCCACCACAAUACAAAAAGGCGGCCGUGAUGCCGUUGCUGGACCUGGGCCAGCGACAACACGGCUGGUGUACAAUCAGUGUGAUGAACGAAGUGGCGCGGAUCCUCGAGAUGCCGCCGAUGCGGGUGUACGAGGUAGCCACGUUUUAUACCAUGUACAACCGCCAGCCGGUGGGCAAGUACUUUGUGCAGGUGUGCACGACCACGCCGUGUAUGCUGGGCGGCUGCGGCAGCGACAAGAUCAUGAAGGCCUGCGAGGACUUUUUGGGCAUUCAUUCGGGUCAGAUGACGGAGGACAAGCUGUUCAGCUUGCUCGAGGUCGAGUGUCUGGGCGCCUGUGCCAAUGCCCCCAUGAUCCAGAUCAACGACGAUUACUACGAAGAUUUGACGCCCGAUACCGUCACGAACCUCCUGCAGGCGCUCAAGGAUUCCGCCACCAUCAGUGGCUAUGAUGUGAAUAAAAUCCCCCGCCCGGGCCCGCAGCCCUACGAAGGCAAGCAGAGGAUGAGUUGUGAGCCGAGAGGCGGGUUGACUUCCUUGACUGGCGAGCCGUAUCAUGUGAAGGAUUUCAUGAGGACGGAUGGUGAGCUGUGA